AACAGAGUUCAUCCAAUCGAUGCAACCGCACUCGACCUACAGCUGUUGCAUCCGGCAGGACAGUUUGCCUGGAAAGCUGAUAAGGGAAACGGAUGUUUCACGGCGAUUACAGUAUAAUCCGGCAAAUAGAUAAUUUCGCGCUCAGUGUACGGGCAUCGAUAGUUAGCGAGCGUUGAGCAAACGUAAGCUGUAUAGUGUUACUCUGCCGUGUGUUAGCCCCCCUGGUUAGUCAGACCUUCUCCCUUCCCGAUCGUUGACAGAAAGAUGCUGCGCGGGAAGGUAGUCACGGUUUUUGGCCUUUGUUUGGCAGCUCUCGCCAGCGGGAUGCCGCAAAACAACGGUGUCGGCGACCAACAGCCCUCCACUUCGCCACCAUUGAUUCAAUUCACCGAUGGCGGGAUCAGGGUGAAUUUCGCCGGUUUCCACGCCCAAGCAGGAUUAGGUGGACUCCUGAGUGGAUCGCAAACAGGGGGUGGACUUCAUGCCAGCGCAGGAACACCAUGGGGUGCUAAUGCGGCUGCUGGAUUGGGCGGAUCCUUGGAUGGCAAUAAUCCAACUGCCAGGGGUGGUUUGUACGCAAGAGCGAGAUUCAGCGAUGGAGGACCGAUGGCUGCAGCCGGAUUGGGUGGCUCGGUGGGCGGAAAUGGAGCAGAACCACCACUUAGGGGUGGUCUCUACGCAGGUGCAUCGCCGGGUUCCCUAUCCGUAAAGACAGAAGCGACGACGAACGUAGGAUCUACUGGCCCCGCGAACAGUUACCCGAACCGUGGUCGAACGAAUAUUCAAAUUAUCUCGCGAAAGAAGGUUACAUCACAGCAACAGCCUCCUGAGUUGACUGGAAAGACAGAUACGUCAUCGGAGAAGGAUCUACCGGCUGUCAAGGUGGUACGAAACUCAAAUACAACAAACACAGCACCCGUCAGUGCAUCUGCAACUGCACAAGCAGAUGCAGCUGCAUCAGCACCACCAGCACCACCAGCACCACCAGCACCGCCAGCACCUGUCGUAUCUCAGCUAGAAAGGGUGAAGACAGUCAACAAAAUCGUAACCAUCGAACCAGUUCCUAAAAUACCUCCCCUACCAGGCCAAUUCAACGACGUUAUUCCAACUAUUCUAACCAAGGAAGUGACAGUUCUACAUCCGAAACGACUCCACAGAAAAAGGCUAUGGGGACCUAGAAAACAAGUUAUCUACACUAGUGUUCCGGUAGAGGCUGCUCAAGAACCCACUGGUGCACAUUCUGCAAACAUUUCCCGUAGACAGGCUCAAGGUUCUGUAAUCAGCACGCACUCCUCGGGCGGGAGGCAGAAAGAGAAAGACCAGAAUGAAGAUAAUGGAUUCUACGAUGAUGUUUUUAAUAUACCAGUAUCGACGCUAAAUGCAGUCAACCGAUUACUGAACAACAAUUCCGGAUGACCGCCAAUAGCGCGUGAACUUGAAACUUUUUGCGUUCCACGUGUGAAUUCCGCAUGGCUUUGUGGUAAUGGAAGCUAGUAAUUGUAGAACAUGUUUUGUAUACUUUUUCAGGUAUGUCAAUAAAUUAUCUGACUUUAAAA